AUGGUUAUGGGCGCAUUCCGGGUCUGGUAUCCAAGGACAUUCAUAUCCUUAGCAUCAGAUGAAUCAUUGUUAGCUAUUUCAGAGGGAUACAUUUCCUAUUGUAAACGUGGAUAUAUCGGGGACAACUGUCACUUACCUUGUCGCUAUCCUAACUAUGGAGUAUUUUGCCAGUUGGAGUGUAACUGCAAUGAAUCGUAUUGCAAUCAUAAGCAUGGGUGUAUAGCGAAUCGAGAUCGUCCAGGGGAAGCACAAGCUGAAUCAAAACAAAAUACGCACGCUACUAAUCGAUGUAAGUCAACAGAAGAUACCAAAGGAAGAAAAGUCCUGGUAUAUCUAACGGUGGUCCUCGGCGCGGUCGGACUUCUCCAGCUGGCUGUUUACAUUGGUUUAUCAAUUCUAUAUGAACCACGAGUGUUAACCAGCAAGAGACCAUCAAAGAUUGCACAGGGAACCAGAACUUGAAUACGUCAAGAAAAAGAUAUAGAAAAGGUGAAUAAAGGAGAACGAAAUAUGAUAA